UGAGUGGACAAAUUCGAGCGUAUCAUUUAUGAAACGGAACAGAUUCGGUCAAUCACUAAGAAAACCGACCCCUCGUCUUCUUUCCUACCGAGUUUCUGAUUUUAUCGCCGAUAUGUCGCCUUGUAUAAUCGCGCGACACCUCCUAGCGUGCUAUGGGGUGCUAUGUCAUUGCAAUGUGCUCCACGGGACACCGUCGGACAAAUACCACUCGUCCGGCCCCCAUUACUCUUCGCGAAUGUCCAGUGGAUCUCACUAUAUAUAAGCGGCGUCAUGGGUAUAAGGGUCCAUUCUGCUACCUGAUGGUUAGACUCGGGUUUUGAUCACCACCACUGAAAAAUGGUCAAUUUUACGAUAUUGGCGGGAGGGUACACCUCUUUCAUCGCUGCUUACUUGUUUAACUCGGAUACUUCGUCUCUCACGUAUUUGAACCAGUCGCCGACGGGUGCCAACCCUUCGUGGAUAACUUCGCAUCCUACCAACAAGAGUAUUCUCUAUGCUGUGAAUGAGAACGCACAAGGUGCACUUCAAUCGUUCACCAUCGGCAGUCAAGGCAUCCUGUCAGGUCCUAUUGGACAAGCCAGCUCCGGUGGUGACAGUCCCGCUUUUGCAGGGCCUUUGUCCACUGGACAAAUUGCUAUCAUGAAUUACAACUCGGGCAAUGGCUUGAUUAUUCCAACGACCACAGAUCCUCUGCACUUCGCCUCAGCAAACCUCAUCCAAUUCCCUGCUGCGGUGUCUCACCCCCACAUGGCACUUCAACAUGGAUCCGAAGUGCUCAUUCCGGACUUGGGUGCAGACAAAGUCUGGCGACUGGUUGAGGACGGCUCCCCUGGGAACUGGCGUAUUCAAGGAUUCAUCACUCAACCACAAGGCAGCGGACCUAGGCACAUUGCGACCAGAGGCAAUACUUUGUACACUCUGCACGAGCUCUCAAGCACGCUCACUCAACAAGCCAUUCCUCCCGCUCCCAAUGGUACCUCCACGAUCGUAGCCAACUUUUCCAUCAUACCACCCAACCCGCCGCCUCAAGCCGAAUGGCAUGCCGGCGAGAUUUUGUUGACCGAAGCCUCUCCCAAAUUCCGUCAACCUUUCAUCUACGUCUCAAACAGAAACACUGGCCCCGUUGUGGAUCCCCAAGGGGACGCCAUCGCUAUAUUCGAGAUAGAGCCUAAGCUCAAGUUCGUCAAGCACGUCUACACUGGAUUGGACCAGAUUCGUGGUAUGGAGUUUGGUGGACCGGAGAAUGAGUUCUUGAUUGCUUCAGGCGUUGCUGGAGAUGCUGGAGUGAUUAUGCUGAGGAGAAUCAAUGGAGGUGCGGAUUUGGAGAUCAUUGCAAAGGAUACGGUUCUCCCGACUCGGACCAGUUUCGUCUGGCUGUGAAGAGGCUAGACUGAAUCAUGUGACGCUCUAUACCGACUGUUCGAGAGAAACUCUACCAGGACUGAUACGCAUUAGAACACG